AUGUAUACCAACAGCGUUAGUGACGAUGGUCUUCACAUGUAUACCAACAGCGUUAGUGACGAUGGUCUUCACGUGUAUACCAACAGCGUUAGUGACGAUGGUCUUCGCGUGUAUACCAACAGCGUUAGUGACGAUGGUCUUCACAUGUAUACCAACAGUGACGAUGGUCUUCACAUGUAUACCAACAGCGUUAGUGACGAUGGUCUUCACGUGUAUACCAACAGUGUUAGUGGCGAUGGUCUUCACAUGUAUACCAACAGCGUUAGUGACGAUGGUCUUCACGUGUAUACCAACAGCGUUAGUGACGAUGGUCUUCACAUGUAUACCAACAGCGUUAGUGACGAUGGUCUUCACGUGUAUACCAACAGCGUUAGUGACGAUGGUCUUCGCGUGUAUACCAACAGCGUUAGUGACGAUGGUCUUCACGUGUAUACCAACAGCGUUAGUGACGAUGGUCUUCACGUGUAUACCAACAGUGUUAGUGGCGAUGGUCUUGACAUGUAUACCAACAGCGUUAGUGACGAUGGUCUUCACGUGUAUACCAACAGCGUUAGUGACGAUGGUCUUCACGUGUAUACCAACAGCGUUAGUGACGAUGGUCUUCGCGUGUAUACCAACAGCGUUAGUGACGAUGGUCUUCACAUGUAUACCAACAGUGACGAUGGUCUUCACAUGUAUACCAACAGCGUUAGUGACGAUGGUCUUCACAUGUAUACCAACAGCGUUAGUGACGAUGGUCUUCACAUGUAUACCAACAGCGUUAGUGACGAUGGUCUUCACGUGUAUACCAACAGCGUUAGUGACGAUGGUCUUCGCGUGUAUACCAACAGCGUUAGUGACGAUGGUCUUCACGUGUAUACCAACAGCGUUAGUGACGAUGGUCUUCACGUGUAUACCAACAGUGUUAGUGGCGAUGGUCUUCACAUGUAUACCAACAGCGUUAGUGACGAUGGUCUUCACAUGUAUACCAACAGCGUUAGUGACGAUGGUCUUCACAUGUAUACCAACAGUGACGAUGGUCUUCACAUGUAUACCAACAGCGUUAGUGAUGAUGGUCUUCACAUGUAUACCAACAGUGACGAUGGUCUUCACAUGUAUACCAACAGCGUUAGUGACGAUGGUCUUCACAUGUAUACCAACAGUGACGAUGGUCUUCACAUGUAUACCAACAGCGUUAGUGACGAUGGUCUUCACAUGUAUACCAACAGUGGCGAUGGUCUUCACAUGUAUACCAACAGCGUUAGUGACGAUGGUCUUCACAUGUAUACCAACAGUGUUAGUGACGAUGGUCUUCACAUGUAUACCAACAGCGUUAGUGACGAUGGUCUUCACAUGUAUACCAACAGCGUUAGUGACGAUGGUCUUCACAUGUAUACCAACAGUGACGAUGGUCUUCACAUGUAUACCAACAGCGUUAGUGACGAUGGUCUUCACAUGUAUACCAACAGUGACGAUGGUCUUCACAUGUAUACCAACAGCGUUAGUGACGAUGGUCUUCACGUGUAUACCAACAGCGUUAGUGACGAUAGUCUUCACGUGUAUACCAACAGCGUUAGUGAUGAUGGUCUUCACAUGUAUACCAACAGUGACGAUGGUCUUCACAUGUAUACCAACAGUGACGAUGGUCUUCACAUGUAUACCAACAGCGUUAGUGACGAUGGUCUUCACAUGUAUACCAACAGUGACGAUGGUCUUCACAUGUAUACCAACAGCGUUAGUGACGAUGGUCUUCACAUGUAUACCAACAGUGUUAGUGACGAUGGUCUUCACAUGUAUACCAACAGCGUUAGUGACGAUGGUCUUCACAUGUAUACCAACAGCGUUAGUGACGAUGGUCUUCACAUGUAUACCAACAGUGACGAUGGUCUUCACAUGUAUACCAACAGCGUUAGUGAUGAUGGUCUUCACAUGUAUACCAACAGUGACGAUGGUCUUCACAUGUAUACCAACAGCGUUAGUGACGAUGGUCUUCACAUGUAUACCAACAGUGACGAUGGUCUUCACAUGUAUACCAACAGCGUUAGUGACGAUGGUCUUCACAUGUAUACCAACAGUGACGAUGGUCUUCACAUGUAUACCAACAGCGUUAGUGACGAUGGUCUUCACAUGUAUACCAACAGUGACGAUGGUCUUCACGUGUAUACCAACAGCGUUAGUGACGAUAGUCUUCACGUGUAUACCAACAGCGUUAGUGACGAUGGUCUUUACGUGUAUACCAACAGCGUUAGUGACGAUGGUCUUCACAUGUAUACAAACAGCGUUAGUGACGAUGGUCUUCACAUGUAUACCAACAGUGAUGAUGGUCUUCACGUGUAUACCAACAGCGUUAGUGAUGAUGGUCUUGGUUUUCACAUAUAUACCAACAGCGUUAGUGAGGUCUUCACAUGUAUACCAACAGCUGAUGAUGGUCUUCACGUGUAUACCAACAGCGUUAGUGACGAUGGUCUUUACGUGUAUACCAACAGCGUUAGUGACGAUGGUCUUCGCGUGUAUACCAACAGCGUUAGUGACGAUGGUCUUCGCGUGUAUACCAACAGCGUUAGUGGCGAUGGUCUUCACGUGUAUACCAACAGCGUUAGUGGCGAUGGUCUUCACGUGUAUACCAACAGCGUUAGUGACGAUGGUCUUCACGUGUAUACCAACAGCGUUAGUGACGAUGGUCUUCACGUGUAUACCAACAGUGAUGAUGGUCUUUACGUGUUUACCAACAGUGUUAGUGACGAUGGUAUUUACGUGUAUACCAACAUCGUUAGUGACGAUGGUCUUCACGUGUAUACCAACAGCGUUAGUGACGAUGGUCUUCACGUGUAUACCAACAGUGACGAUGGUCUUUACGUGUAUACCAACAGUGUUAGUGACGAUGGUAUUUACGUGUAUACCAACAGUGUUAGUGACGAUGGUAUUUACGUGUAUACCAACAUCGUUAGUGACGAUGGUCUUCACGUGUAUACCAACAGCGUUAGUGACGAUGGUCUUCACGUGUAUACAACAGCGUUAGUGACGAUGGUCUUCACGUGUAUACAACAGCGUUAG